AUGCUGCCCGUCUUGCUACGUUGUGCCCUGACCGCCGCGGCGCGCGACCUCGGCCUCUCCCCCGCCGCCGCCGCCGCGCUGCCUGGCGGCGGCGCCGGCCUCGCGCGCGCCGUCGCGCGCCGCGCCAAUCGGCGGCUCGCGGAGGACGCGGCGGCGGCGCGGCAGCUGCUGGAGCGCCGCGGCGGCGGCGGGCGGGACGGGCAAGAAGACGGCGGCGGCGGCCCCGACGAUGCGGGCGCCGGCGUCGACCCAGCCGUCGCGGCGCUCGCGGCUGCGCUGUCCAGCCCCGACCAGCGCGUCCGCCUCGCCGCCGCGCUGCGCCGCCGCCUCGAGCUCGGGGUCGCCCCGCACAUCGACUCGUGGCCGGGCGCGCUCGCGGCGCUCGCGGCGCCGGCGCAGGCGGCGGCGGGCGCGGCGCUGCUGGCGGAGGUUGCUGACGAGGCGCUGGCGGCUGCGGGGGACGGCGCGGUGGGGGCGGACUGGUACUGGAAGAGGGCGCUAGUGGGGGGCGUGUACGCGGCGACAGAGCUCUACAUGCUCACAGACUUUUCGCCGAGGUUCCAGGAGACGUGGCGGCAGCUGGACCGGCGGCUGCGGGACGCAGAGGCGCUCGGCCGCGUGGCGGGCGGCGCGGGCGGCGCAGUCGGCGCCCUGCUGUCCCAGCUCGCGCGCGGCAUGGGCGCUGAGGCCCCCCGCGGCGGCGCGAGCACGAGCGCAGGCGCGGGUGCGGGAACGGCCGCCAGCGGCAGUGGGGAGCAGCGGCCGGCGUCGGAUGGGCCCGCAGGGACGUGGCCGGGCAGCGGCGGCAGCGGCGGCGGCGGCGGCGGCGGCGGCGGCGGCGGCGGGUGGCAGUAG